AUGUUGCGGUCUCCUAGAAAACAGGAGCCAGCAGACAGGGCGUGCUGCCAGCAGGAGACAGCAGACAGGGCCUGCUGGCAGCAGGAGCCAGCAGACAGGGCGUGCUGCCAGCAGGAGACAGCAGACAGGGCGUGCUGGCAGCAGGAGCCAGCAGACAGGGCGUGCUGCCAGCAGGAGACAGCAGACAGGGCCUGCUGGCAGCAGGAGACAGCAGACAGGGCGUGCUGCCAGCAGGAGACAGCAGACAGGGCGUGCUGGCAGCAGGAGACAGCAGACAGGGCGUGCUGGCAGCAGGAGCCAGCAGACAGGGCCUGCUGGCAGCAGGAGACAGAAGACAGGGCCUGCUGGCAGCAGGAGACAGCAGACAGGGCGUGCUGGCAGCAGGAGACAGCAGACAGGGCGUGCUGCCAGCAGGAGACAGCAGACAGGGCGUGCUGCCAGCAGGAGACCAGCAGACAGGGCGUGCUGCCAGCAGGAGACAGCAGACAACGUGCUUGCAGCAGGAGGAGCCAGCAGACAGGGCGUGCUGGCAGCAGGAGACAGCAGACAGGGCGUGCUGGCAGCAGGAGACCAGCAGACAGGGCGUGCUGGCAGCAGGAGCCAGCAGACAGGGCGUGCUGCCAGCAGGAGACAGCAGACAACGUGCUUGCAGCAGGAGGAGCCAGCAGACAGGGCGUGCUGGCAGCAGGAGCAUUCAUUCCACCUUCUCUUCACUCUCUCCUCUCCACACCUGUGAAAUAA